UAACUGAGGUACCAGCUGCUACACCAAUACGUCAGCGGGAACAACGUGUACCUCGAGUUUUCAACCUCAACCUCAACCUUCACACUUUCUACAUCCCGUCAUUCAUCUCAAUUCCCAUUACAGUUUCCUCAUUACUUCAUUUAACUCUGGGAUUUCGAGUCUGGAUCACGCAAUUAGUCGAUUCGGAAUUACAUAUAGCUGUGGAUCAUAACAGGUUAUUCGACCAGUCGCGGAAACCGAUCGACCCAGCCAGCUAUCCAACCAUCAUUCUCCCACCUUGCAAUCGAGCUACCCAGACGACAGAAAAGACAACAUGUUCUUCACAGGCACUCUCCAAGAAGGCAUCGCUGCGGCUAUCCAACAGACCAAAAGUCUGGUCUGUUUUGUUACAGACGACAACACUGAAUCCCAACAAUGGGAAACCGAGUUCCUCAAUGAUGAAGCCAUCUCCCCUCUCAUUGAGUCCAGUGCCGUGGUGCUGAAGUUGGUCGCGGGCAGUACUGAGGAGGGAUACUUGGCUCAGUUGUUCCCGGUGCCGAAGAAGCCUACUGUGGUUGUCCUUAGGGGCGGGCAGCUCAAGGAGUACAUUGCUGCUGGAGUCACGAAGGAGGAAUUCGUGAGGAGGCUGAGAGCUGCUCUUGGGGAGCAACAGGCGGUUUCUACAGGUGCUACUCCAGGUUCGGCCUCAGUUCAGGAAUCUCAGUCAGAACAGGGACAAGAGCAGGCAUCAUCGGCAGCGGCACCAUCAGAGCCAGCACCUCAACCAUCAGCGGAACAGACAACUGCCCCGGCUACAUCAUCUAUCGAGGCUUCAACUUCUCAACAACCUCCCACCAAUACCACUACGACCACCGAGCCUACAACCGCCUCCUCAUCAUCCCCAGCCACAACAACCCCCACCACCACCAACACAACCCAACAAGCCCAAAUCCAAGCCAUCCUCACCGAGCGCGCCGCCCGCCUCGCCGCCCAAAAGAAACAACAAGAAGAAUCCGCCCGCGCCGCCGCCCGCGCCCGAGCCGCAGCCGAAGACCCCAACUCCCCCGCCCGCCAAGCCGCCGACGCCCUCCGCAAGAAACAGCAAGAAGCGCGCGAAGAGCGGCAGCGGAUUCUCAAGGCCAUCGAGGACGACAAAGCUGCUCGCAGAGCAAGGCAGUCGGAGAAGCAGUCGGAGAAGCAGCGGGAGAAGGAUAAGGGGAAGGGGAAGGAAGAGGGAUUGCCCUUCGCACCAGCUAGUCCGUUGUUACCCCGUGGUAACCAGCCAGUCCAAAGCACGGGACAUUGUGCGUUGCAAGUGAGAUUGACGGAUGGGUCGACUAUUAGAUCUCGGUUCUUGACGGAGAAGGAUACGGUUAGGGAGGUUAGGGAGUGGGUUGAGGCUACUGUCCCUUCUAAUGAUUCGGUGAAGAAGGGGAGGUAUAGCUUCAAGGUGCUGUUGACGCCUCAGCCCAGCAGGAGGAUUGAGCAAGAGGAGGAGGGGAAGACGCUCGGGGAGCUGGGGCUGGCGCCGAGCUCGACGCUGAUUUUGGUUCCGACUGCUGGCGGAUCGGGGAGCAGCGGCGUGAGGGUAAGCUUUGCGGCGGCUCAGGGAGGUGAGGGAGGAGGAAAUAUCUUCCAGCGCUUGAUUGGGUUCUUGGUUGCCUUUUUCAACACGGUGGUGGCUUUCUUUUCGACGCUGUUCAGUGUCUCGGGCCCGCCCAAUGCUGGUCCUACGCCGGAGCAGGUGGCUGCUGAGGUUAGGGGCGAGCAGCAAGCUGCCUCUAGGGCGGAGGGGGCUAGUGGGAGGUCACUUGGUGGAGGUGGUGCGGGUGCUGCUGUGAAUAGGGGCACGGGAAGCAGGAUCAAGGGAUUUGGUGAUGAGAGGAGGGAUGAGGAGCGGAAGAGGAACGAUCAACAGUUUUAUAAUGGGAACUCGACAAACUUUGAGCCUAGACAUGAUGAUGAUGAGAACUAAAGCCAGCACUGCGCUGAUGCCAGAAGAGAGAAAGACAUUUUCCCGCUACUCCAGUAGAUUCUAAACGAGAAGAAGGAAGAAGGCACAUCCAUACUGUAGUCACCAUUAGACAAAGCGAAGAAAAUGAAAAGAGGCUUGAUCCCUCCUGAGAGGGAGGCAGAGAUCUUGUAUUUUUACAAUUGUUUUUUUUUUUUUUUUUU